UCCCCAGUUCCAAGUUCUCCUUUGCUUGUUGACUAAGGAAGUCUCAGCCCCAUGGCUAGCAUGAUGAAGGCUUUGCUCAGGAUAGAAGAAUCAUUGCUGCUACUUCUUUCCUUCCUGUGGAUUUGCUCUGGGCAAGAACGAGUGUCGGUGCAGUGCACCCGUUUUAAUUUCCAUGCUAUUGCUAAAACGACAAUGUUUGGCGCAGAUCAAUUGGUAUACCCUGACGAAUUAUCUUUAGGGACCGGCUGUGGGCCUUCUCUUGUGCUAUUAGAUGAAGUUCAUUUCAGUUAUCCUGUCAACCUCUGUGGAAUUAAAAUGCUGGUAUACAUGGAUGGGGUUACCUUCCAUUCCUGGCUCAAUUACAUACCGAGAAAUGGAUUAUAUACUGCUGAAGUUGAACUGGAGUGUCAAUUUCCCAACUCCUCUGGACUACGCAAUGACACUCUGCUCUCUUCACGCUUCAUCCAAAAACCUGUUCUUCAACAGUGGUUCUUGGUACAAUAUAGAUAUUGCCAGAAAUGUGGCAAAAGUCACUUCCGGGAUAACUGGGUAAGGAGUCCCACAAGGCCCACAGUCAACUCUUUUUUAUGGGCCACGCAGUCAACAAUCAUCGUAGCAGGGCUUUCAUCAGAAUUUCAGAAACUUCCUGCCUUGGACAUGAAGUAGCAACAAAAAGUUACCUGGUUUAAUCACAUGAUGUGGUCUUCUGUUUUUAUAAACAGGUCUGUUUUUAACUCAUUUUAAACUAUUGUAAUCCCCUUAUGAUGCCUUUGAGAAAAGGCUGUUUGUAUUUUUAAGUAAAACUUGGCAUAUUUUAUUGCAUGCCUGUGUCUGUUUGUUUCUAACUUAAUUAAAAUUGACUAACUCCUAAGCUGCUAGGCUGAGUCAGUUGGUAGAUGGGAGCCUAGGGUUCAGCCAUCCAGCAUCUAAGAAAUACCCAACUACCAAAACUGGUCCUAGCUGAAUGCAGUACCAGAGCCUGUAAGGUAACUUGGAAAACAGUAGAAAUUGAAAGCCACUAGAAGCACAGAGAGCCCAAAAUCACAGACAGGAGUGCUCCUUGGAGAUUCACCAAUAACAUAAUAUAUUACAUUAUUCCCCAGUAUGAAUUCAAGGAAUUACAUCGUGGCCCAUGUCACAUUUAUCCACAUGUUGUUUCCUCAGAUGCUUUGAGCAUUGUGAGCACUCCUGCUCUUGAUCCCAGAGAUUCUGUGUUAACUGGGUUCAGAAAACACUGGAAGUUGUUAUUCUAUUACCUAUGCUUCUUAAGGUUAGCUUCUUUCAAAAUAUUACUGUCACACUACACAAAACGA